GCGGGGCGUGGACUCUGCCUCGCCGACCCGGGCCUCCUCCUGGGCGCCACUGUAGGAUCUAGACCGCGCUACAUUUGAGCGGCGGGAGGCGUUGGCGGGCGGGCCUUGCGGAGGUCCAGAGGGAACACUGCUCCACCUUGGCUGACGGAGUCAUGUGAAGAAGUCCACAUGCUUCAGCACAUCCAUUUGUUCAGCCAGCGGUUACUGAAUCUCUGUGGUGCACCAGGCCUCUGGUGACUGGACUGAGGCAUGAGCCCCUGGUAGCACAUCGUGGGACGGAGUGUGCAUCCACACAUGGUUCGGCCCUGCGGUAACCAUAGCAGCCCAGGCUGUCACCAUGGUGAAGCUGUUAGUGGUCAAAAUUCUUUGCAUGGUGGGCGUGUUCUUCUUUAUGCUGCUGGGUUCCCUGCUGCCUGUGAAGAUCAUCGAGACAGACUUUGAGAAGGCCCACCGCUCGAAAAAGAUCCUCUCGCUCUGCAACACCUUUGGAGGCGGGGUCUUUCUGGCCACCUGCUUCAAUGCUUUGCUGCCUGCUGUGAGGGAAAAGCUCCAGAAAGUUCUGAGUCUUGGGCACAUCACCACUGACUACCCACUGGCAGAGACCAUUGUGAUGUUAGGCUUCUUCAUGACCGUCUUCCUGGAGCAGCUCAUCCUGACCUUCCGCAAGGAGAAGCCGUCCUUCAUCGACCUGGAGACCUUCAAUGCUGGCUCAGAUGCUGGCAGCGACUCAGAGUACGAGAGCCCCUUCAUGGGGGCUGCGCGGGGCCACGCAAUCUACAUGGAGCCUCACACCCACAGCCACGGGCUGAAUGUCCAGGAGCUGUCGCACUCCAGCCCCCUGCGCCUCCUCAGCCUGGUCUUCGCUCUGUCGGCUCAUUCCAUCUUUGAGGGCCUGGCCCUGGGUCUACUGGAGGAGGGGGAGAAGGUGGUAAGCCUGUUCGUGGGUGUGGCCAUCCACGAGACACUGGUAGCUGUGGCCCUAGGCAUCAACAUGGCCCGGAGCUCCAUGCCCCUGAGGGAAGCGGCCAAGCUGGCCAUCACCGUGAGUGCCAUGAUCCCCCUGGGCAUCAGUGUUGGCCUGGGCAUCGAGAGUGCCCAGGGCGUGCCCAGCAGUGUGGCCUCGGUGCUACUGCAGGGUCUGGUGGGUGGCACCUUUCUCUUUGUCACCUUCUUUGAGAUCCUGGGGAAGGAACUGGAGGAGAAGAAUGACCGCCUGCUCAAAGUCCUCUUCCUGGUGCUGGGCUACACCGUGCUGGCCGGCAUGGUCUUCCUCAAGUGGUGAACGUCCCAUUGCUGUCAUUAUCCAUCUUGGUCACCCCAUCCUGCUGGAGCUCUCGGAGCCCCUGGGUGGAAACAGGCUACAUUCCCCAGCUCUCUCUCCCCCCAUUGGGGAGGUCAGGCCCCCCAACCACUGCCUGCGCACAGAGAGGUUACCCAAGACCAAGCUGCACCCUAGAUUCUACACCCCAAGCCUCAGGGCAACCCUAUUGUAAAAUACUUCUCUUAAAGGUAUUUGCCAAAGCUG